CAAUGGCGGCCACGGAAGAAAAGGAAGAUAGCAGUACACCGUCACCACUAUAUACAUCCGACAGCGCCUCACUUCCGCUUUAAGACUGAUUUUUGUUUUCCCUUUUAGUUUUGUAGUAAUAUCUAUGCAAUAUUGUCUAGAAUUGAUAAUAUAUAAUUUAUAAUUUAAUAAAAUCUUCACCGUAACAGAAAAUCCUGUGAAUGUGAUAAUAAACUUUGGGACUAUAUAUAUCUUUUGAGGACUUGCGGAUGAAAGACGUGGCGGCCGGACUACUUUCAGAAUGCCCGGUCUAUUUAAUAACGUAGUAAAAAAAUCAUACAUACUGUAAUUAAAAGUGUAGUAUCUGGGUAAAUACUUUUACAUUGUGUAAAUAAAAAAAUAUAACGUUUGUAUUUUCUCAUAAUGAUUAUUUCUUGAUGUGGGCGUGAACUAAUGACUUGUGACCUUGGUGACGUAAUGCGGCGGGCUGGAGGAAUUAUUUUUCUGUUAAACCGGUGUCGGAGUGAAAUAACUUUUUAAGAAGUCGUAUUCGCACCCACUGUUAUUGAAAUUUAACACAUGCAAGACAAUGAAAGAUAAUAUUAUUUCGAAGGCUAAACGCUUUAUCCAUUUUCUCAAGUUUUGCCAGGAUGAUGAUAAGGAUUCUUGGACAUAUCAGGACAAUAUUAAAAUGUCAAAACACAAUAAUGAGGCCCUUCUAAGCAUUAUCGAAGGAAACCAACUUGUCUUCAUCUGUGAGAAAAUGCCACCAGAACAUGAAACUGAGGGCACAGAAAGUGCAGAGGAAACCAGUCUCAAUGAAGAAGUGUCAGUUAAACUGGAGCACCAUUACAUCGGGCCGCUACCUCUCUCCAUCAAUACAGCAAGACAGCUGCUUUCCUGGUACGCUAUGUCUCAGAACCCCAACAUGGCCCAGGUGGAAGCCCAUGUUCUGCACCCUCUCUGGGUACGCUGUGACAUGUCUGACCCUGCUGGCACUUCCUGGCUGGGGGCAGAGACAGUCUAUGUUGGUGGCAAGGCUACAGCAGUCAAACUGUACACAGUCAGCUGCAAAGGGGCAACAGCAGAUGAGACCUCUUUCAUCACAAUGGAUCAACUUAAACAAGAGCACCAGAACAGACACCAUUCCUCAGCAGUGGUGACAAAAGGCUGGGCUGAAUACAACCUCUUCUGCUCAGUGAAGGAGGAAAGCCUGGUUAUUGAUUCUCAGAGCAGCGUAAUGGCCACCUUCAGAUGGACUAAUGUAGAGAAGAUUCUGGAGACCCCUCCCCUGUCAUCUAUGGUCACUCUGCAAAUCAAAGUGACAGUUGGAGACAUCAGGAGCCCAAUGUUUCAGAAGUUCAGAGAGCUGGAAUUUCUUUUGGCGCUGGCUGAAGGAUUGAGGACUGGGGAGAUUGAGUGGUUAGAUCCGCUGGAGACGCAGUCUACUGUGGACUUAACAAGGGAACUCAUUGAGGGGCUGGAGAAUGUUGCAAAUGCAGUGCCAGGCCAGAAAGGAUCAGAGAAGUCCAAGACAGACUCAAUUCUAGGCUUCAGCUCUAUGCCAAUGGAGAGAGGAGACUUGGACUUCACAGAGCAGCUCUGGGAGAAGAUGAGGAAGAGUGUGACCUCAUAUCAAGACAUAACAGACUCUCUGAAAUUAGUCAUCAAAGCUGUGCGAUUUGGUCAGAUUAAACCUUGGGUGCACAGGGACAGCAGCAGCUCUUUGAGUAAACUGAUUGUGCAGUCUUAUCAGCAGCAAGUGGACGCAGUGCCUCUCACUGGUCUGACCCCUGCCAUUAUGCUCCUGGAACUGGGCCUGGAUAAGAUGAGGAAAGACUAUAUCAACUACCUCGUUGGGAAAGAGCUGACGACUCUCAGCCAUCUGAGCUACUACCUGAGCAGCGAGGUUGAUCUACAGGAGCAGGUGGUAAGACUGAAGAAAUUGCACCACCUGCUGGAGAUUCUGGGCACCUGCGGUAGCUUCCUCAGCCUGCCUCAUGAGCGCCUCUUCUUCUUCACUCAGUCGUGUUUGCAAUACUACAAAACAGCACCUUAUAAUGAAGAGCAUGUGUUUGAGAUGCAAAUCAAACCUGCUCUUAUCAGCCACUUCUACCAGACGGAGCAGCCAACUUCCUGGGCGGUGGAGGUGUCCAGUGGGCAGGGGUCACGAGAGGUCAAAACCUCUUGGCAUCUGAGUGAUAAACCACUUGUGGAUCAUGUCACUUUUGACUCAGGUUUGCCAUUGGAGAUUUCAGUGAGUGCAGAGAGUGAGAAGACUGCCUACUUCAGAACCCUGGUGUGUUGCAGUCUGGCCAACUUCAUUUAGGAGGUGGAAUCUUUUUUUUUGUUUGCCCCAGCUAGUUCCUUUCCUCUACUCGUCUCAUGAGGCAGUGGACCUCUAAGGGUACUGACCUGCAGCCAAGAGCUGGUUGCUUGAGGAACACGUCUCUGUAGCUUUCCUCUUCCAGUUCUCGACCUGCCAGUAACCAUACAGAACACAUCCAUUAUCUGUACUGCUGUGUACAUAGACACGACGUACUAGUCAGCUCAUGCUAGUGCUAAUUCUAUAGUAAUGCUUGUUCUGUCCGUGAAAGUCUGCAUUAGAGACUCACAAAUGUGUGCUCCAUGGAAAUAAAAGUGUUCCAUGUUUGUGCUGUUAUAUAAUUGCUUACUGCUGUCUGUGCAAGUAUG